UGCAGUGUGUGUAUAUACACAACAUCAAGAGCAGGAAAAUGGACUCAUUAGGGAGGCAGGCAGUCAUUACCACUCACACUGUACUUCCAGGGAGACAGCGACUAUGAGGAGACAAACUGAGGACUGGGGAACAAGCAGCAUAAGAAAGAAGUGUUGAGAGCUGCUCUUAACCCUUUUGGAGUCCGAAGUCAAAAGAUUUCCCCCAGGAGAAAAGCAGGGAUAUGGUAAGAAGACUCAGAAUAUUAUUAGACCUCUUUAAGAGCACCAGCCUAUCUGGGCAUAAAUUCUACAGGGAAGUAGAGGGUUUGACGCAUCCCUUACAUCCUGCGUUUACUCUGACCACAGUCCAUCCCUUUUCUCACAAGCGGAGCUCAGCCCUGCUUCCCUUCCUGUUGAUUCCCAGUCAGAUACAUGAAUGUUGGAAUUUUUGGACUGUGCAUCUGUUUAGGCACGUGGAGAAAGACAAGACUGAGAUCAUACGACAUUGCAGUGAAGACAAGACCCCAAAAGUAAGUUAACUCUCCAAGUCUCACUCAAUACAGUCUUUGGCUUCUCUUAAAGUCCUGUUGGAAGAGAAGGCAGCCAGGGUCCACUGUGGUGGUGCUAACUGGAUGUGUCUGUCCCAUGGGGUUUCCCUUGAAACUGCUCUUUGUCAGGCUUUUGCUUCUGGGAAGUGUGGCAAUGUAUGGAAUCUGUUGUGUACUGUUUAUUAGUUAGAACUUGAUUUUAUUGGCUAACUGAAUCCUUGUAUCUUGUGACAAUCUUUUACUGUGCUCUGCAUCGUGCCGAAGAGACAGGGGAGUGGUGUUGGCAUAUCUUUGUAUGAAUAGGUCUGUCGUUAAAUAUUUGAAAUAGAAACAUCUGAAAUAGAUCUUGCCUGAGAAGAACAAUGGGGCAACUAGAGAAAGCCAGUUUUCUCCAAAUUUGCUUUGGGGGCUAGAGUUUUAAGCAAACAGAAAAAAAAAAAAAACAAUAAUAAUAAAAAAGGAAAUUAAAAAAAAAAAAAAAA